AUGUCGGACAAACAACGCCGCAGUUCCGCAGAAGGGAUCCCCUUCAAGGAACACUCGACAGGAAGCGCAGUUUUCACGGCUUUGCGACAACAGCAUUGGUUACGGCAUUAUAUCAGUGCGGGGUUGGGCAAUCAGCGGGCUUAUUCCUUUGCGAUGGGGAUUUAUCUACUCUUCUGGUGUGUCCUGAGCAUAAUGUUCCUUGUCGCUUCGCUGAGGACCAACUACGUGACCAUCGGCGUCUUUGUCUUCCUUGCGCUCGGUUUCUUCUUCCUCUCGCUUUCCAGGUUCAUCGAGACUAGCAGUAUGGUCAAUGCUGUGCGGUUGAAUAAGGUCGGAGGCGCAUGCACAUUCCUGUGUGGCCUGGGCGCUUUCUAUCUGGGUGCAUCUGGAUUGAUGGUCCCGGAGACAACGUUUGUGCGUUUGCCGCUGGGAAUGAUCGCACCACCAGCGGGGAGCCCUGCUGCGUUGUUAAGGCAGCGUGAUUUCGCCCCUCAAUGCCGGCACAAAGUGGCCCCAGAUCGAAUGUCGUCGGUUGGAGGCAACAGGCGGCUGCUCAAACUUGGAGUCUUGCACCUAACUUCAACAAAACUAGCACGAUGA